AUCCUAAACGUCGUCGUUUUUACAAAACACCUCCCCUUUCUUGCUUUCACUUCCUCCCGAACUUCGCAGGUUCUGCAAUUUCCCCACUCUUUCUCUCUCCUCUAUUCAUCUUCACCAUUUUCAAAAAUUCUGCAACUACUUUCACAAUUCUCGAUUUCUUCAGCUGAAUAUUUGUAUUCGUACAUCGAAAAUUCAUAUUCAUCCUAAGCUUACGCGUCAAUUUUUUGAUUCACAAAAACACUAACCAAAAAAGGCAAAGAAGAUUAUCGAUUCAACAAGAUUUUGAGUUGCCCAGUUUUUUGGGCGGUUAAAGAUGAAUUUGAAGCUGAUUCAAUUAAUUUUGAUUCUCAUUUUUGUAUCUCCUUCCAUUGUUAGAUCAAAUUCUCUCUCCUCUAAUCCUCUUCUCGGCAUCUCUCCUGAAGAUGAGAAGUAUUACAAUACAGCUUCAGAAUCUAUGAAAUGUAAAGAUGGAUCGAAGAAAAUUAAUCGAAGUCAGCUUAAUGACGAUUUCUGCGAUUGCGCUGAUGGUUCCGACGAACCAGGAACAUCAGCAUGCCCAAAUGGAAGGUUUUACUGCCAGAAUGCAGGGCAUAUACCCGUGGUUUUGUUCUCUUCAAGAGUGAAUGAUGGUAUUUGUGAUUGUUGUGAUGGGAGUGAUGAGCAUGAUGGAAAUGUGAAGUGUCACAAUACUUGUUGGGAAGCUGGGAAAGCAGCUAGGGACAAGCUGAAGAAGAAAAUUGCGACGUUUCAGGAGGGGGUUACCUUGCGGAGUAAGGAAGUUGAGCAAGGAAAGCUAGCAUUUGCUAAAGAUGAGGCUGAGUUAUCUAAGCUCAAGAAUGAGGAGAAAGUACUGAAGGGCCUAGUUCAACAGCUCAAGGAUCGCAAGGAACAGAUUGAGAAAGCAGAGGAGAAGGAACGUUUAGAGAAGGAAAAGGAAGAAAAGCUCAAGGAGGCAGAAAACAAAUCUGAUCAGGAGAAGACAGAAGAUGAAGUGAAGGCGGAAAGUACAAAGGAGAAGCAUGAUGAUACUAUACAUGACGAUGUCAUAGGCAAUCUUGAUGACUCCUCAGAGCAGGGUCUCGAAGAUGCGGAUUCCAAAAUUGAGAAAGUUGAAGGGGCUUCUAAUAAUGCAGCCGAGCUGCUUGCAAAGGAGAACAGUGAAGAGCUCACCACUGCAUCUGAGUCUUCUGACCAAGAAAAGGAGCAUGAGACAGCUGGGUCGGAGAAUACAGAAGGUUUGUCCAAGGAAGAAUUGGGGCGUCUAGUUGCUUCUCGUUGGACGGGAGACAAAACCGAUCACAAUCCUGGAGAUUCUGAUGAUGUGAAAGAUAUUGAUCAUGCGGAGGAGACAUCUGAUGUCAAUAAAGACGUGAAUGAGGAUGAUUAUGAUGAUGCUUCAGAAUUUGACGAGGAGGAUGACCACAAAUAUGAUGAAAAUUAUUCAGGUGACCGCAGUUAUACUGAUAAUGAUGGUGAUGAUCACAUGGAUGAUGAUUUUACUGCAGACGAUCAUGAGGAUUCCAGUUCAUACAAGUCAGACUCCGAUGAUGAAUCAGGGCAGUCAGAUGGAACAGCUUCGAGUAACCCAUCUUGGCUGGAGAAAAUACAAACUACUGUGAAAAACAUCCUGCAAGCUGUUAAUUUGUUUCAGACUCCAAUGAACAUAUCAGAUGCUGCUCAAGUUCGAAAGGAAUAUGAUGAAUCGAGUGGCAAAUUAUCAAAAAUACAAUCAAGAAUUUCAAGCUUAUCUGGAAAAUUAAAACAUGACUUUGGACCUGAAAAGGAGUUUUAUUCACUCUAUGAUCGUUGUUUCGAGACCAAACAGAACAAGUAUGUCUACAAGGUCUGCCCAUUUAAAAAGGCUACUCAGGAAGAGGGGCACAUGACUACGCGUUUAGGGCAGUGGGAAAAUUUUGAGGACUCCUACAAAGUCAUGCACUUUUCAAAUGGUGAUAAAUGCUGGAAUGGACCUGAUAGGAGUUUGAAGGUCAAGCUCAGAUGUGGUGUGAAGAAUGAGGUUACAGAUGUAGAUGAACCGAGCCGUUGCGAGUAUGUUGCUUUAUUAUCGACUCCAAUCGUCUGUCUUGAAGAAAAACUCAAGGAGUUGCAUGAUAAGUUGGAUGCAUUGAACCGACAGCAACCGCCGAAUCAUGAUGAGCUAUAGUCCUACAGGAUCGAUGAAAUUAUCGUGAAAGAUUGGUUAUUACACUCCUGAGAUGAUUGAACCCCUCUCGCUCGAAGCUAACGAAGGGCCUGAUACAGGUGUUUGAUGUGUUUCUGAGCAGUUUUUGCAGCUACUAGUUCUUUAAAAUAGAUUUAGGCUCUCAGGUGCUUAUGACCCACAGGACAGGACCAGCUAAUUUUGAUCCUGAUAUUGAUAAGACAGUGUUUAUUAGAACCAUUGAGCACAGAUGAAAGGAUAUCACAGCAUAAUCUAUCGUAGUAGUCUGAAGAUUUUGAUCGUCAGGGUCAGCCAUUUACAUCAUUAGAGAGCUGUAAUGGAUUGAUUGUGGUCUUGGGAAUAUAUACAGAUGCCAUAAAUCUGACUGCAAUAUGUAGGAGCCGUGGGUUUUAGUUUAAAAGAAUUGGUAUAUUGUGCCACAAAUGAGAGCUUUUUUUUUUUUUUUAACUUCGCUCAAGUAUGAUUUCCAUUGAAGGUGGUA